UCUCACUCUCUCUUCCUCUCAACUCUCCUUCUCCUUUUCCUCUCAUUUCCUUUGUCCUUCCGUUAUUUUCCUUUUCAACCAACAAAUCAUAUCGAACCAAACAGCGACGACGACAACAAUAGCUUCACCUUCACAUUCAAAGAUUUCUUUUCUUUCCAUAAAACACCAAAUGAAGCAACUCAUCCGCCGUCUCUCCCGCGUCGCCGACUCUUCCCCACAGUACAGCCUCCUUCGUCCUGACAACACCUCCACGCGCCGAGCUCAAUCGUUCCGAGUCGCAGUUUCUUCGUUGAAAAAGCAGGCGCGCCGGUCGGUCCCCGAAGGUCACGUGCCGGUUUAUGUAGGGGAAGAGAUGAAGCGGUUCGUGGUGAGUGCGGAGUUGCUGAACCACCCGGUUUUCAUGGGGUUGCUUAAUAAGUCGGCUCAGGAGUAUGGGUAUGAGCAAAAGGGGGUGCUUCAUAUUCCGUGUCACGUGCUGGUUUUUGAACGUGUUAUGGAAGCCUUGAGACUUGGGGUUGAGUCACGUGACCUCCAGGAUCUCCUUCGUUCUUUAUCCGACGACUGUUUUGUCGAUUUCUAGGAGGAGAAACAGGAACAAAACGAGGUCCUUUUUUUUUUUUUUUUUGUGUGUGUGUAAAUAUACAAGGUUAAAGGCAAAGUAAAGAAAUUUAGGGCUUUUUUGGAUAGUCCUUACAUGUAAACAGGACUGAACAGAAAUGGAUGAAUUGUUCUUUUUUGCCCUAUAUAUAUAUUUUUUGUUUUAAUUUUCUGUGUUUUUUGUCAGAAUUAAUUGUCUCUUUGGUAAUUAAGAAAAUCAUAAUGUUGAAAGGAAAGUAAGGCAAGGGAAUGUUUGAGAUUCUGACUGCUCUCAUUCAUGCGUGAAGCGGUUUAAAAUGCUGCAAUUUUUCUGUUCGGUUCCAAGGAAAACUGAAGGGAAAUUUGAAAAAUACAAUAAAUUUUUUUUCUUUUAAUUUUCUUUUGAUCCAACGACUUUAGCCAAAAGAGGUUCUUUAGUUCAGUUGCAUGUAUUUUAUUUGUCAAAAUUAGAUAAAUUUUUGGAAUUUCGAAUUUUUAUUUUCUUUUUUCUGAUUCUUUCUUGAAAUUUUUUGACAUCCAAAUAAGAUUGAUGUGUUGGGAGCAUAUCUGUAAUUUGGCCGGACAUUCGGUGCUUGUUGUCUACUCACGAUGUAAUAGGUGGUGGAGGUGGUGACAGCGGUAUUUCGGGAAAGUUAAGACUUUGGGAUACAGGCGACAUUAAGGAAGUUAUUUGAGGAUUGGUUUGGGUUUUCAGUUAAUUAAUGGGGCCAGCGGGAUAUGCUCAAAGCAUUUUAGAAAAGUGCGAUUCCAUUCACACUAUUUUUUUAUU